AUGUCUAUGUUCAUUGGCAGCUCGUCACAGUACUCCCAGGCGUCUGUGGAUCCCGAGAAGAUCAAGUUGUCCCAGAUCCAGUUCGACGCCACGGCAGCGACCUUCAAUAAGGUGUUGUCGACGUGUGCCUCCAAGUGCUUGGGUGGGGAGUACGGCGAGAGCGACUUGGUGACUGGAGAGGCCAGCUGCAUCGACCGUUGUGUGGCCAAGUACGUCAAGGCCAACAUGGUGAUCGGCCAGCAUCUCCAGGAGCAGCACAUCGAGCCCUAUGGCAGUAUGCCCGAGUACAGAAAGGUCCAGCAGAUGUUGGAGAAGGGCCGCGAUGCCUAG